UUUAUUUCAAGAUCAAAAUCGUGAAUCUCGUUGUUGUAUCUUUGCUGCACUCUUCGACGUUUUCUUUCCUUCAUCGUUAAGGCAGGAUCACCGAUUCAGUAUCAUCAUGAAGCUCAGAAUUAGAUCCGUUGAAUCCAGAGAAACCCAGAGGCUUGAAGUCCCUUCUCAAUGCACUCUUCAACAACUAACACAAAUUCUCUCGCAGUCCUUUUCUUCGUCUCCGUCUUCUCUCCAUCUCUCCCUCAACAGAAAGGACGAGCUCCUAGCUCCAGUGCCUGAGGCAUCCGUUGAAUCCCUCGGCGUCACCUCCGGGGACCUUAUCUAUUACUCUCUUAACCCGUCGGCUUUUGCUUCUCAACAGGAUUCUGCUCCUCAAGAAUCAACUCAAACCCUAGUUCCAAAUCAACAUGAGUCCAAGCCCAAAGAAAAUGAUUCUGGUCAAGAUAAUGAAAACCCACCUGGUAGAUUGGCCACACAAGGAAACACAGUUGUGGAAUCAAUGGAAAUUAAGGGAACUGUUGUGAAUUCAGGAGAACCCAUGUCGAGUGAUUGUGAAUUUUCUGGAGAAAAUCGAGAUAUUUCUGUUGAAGAGCCCUAUAAUCUCAAAGGAACUGAAGAAUUGCAAGAAUUUCCUAUGGAUAUUGAUGUAGAUGGCAAGAGAACUUCUGAGCCAUACUUUUUAAGGAAGGUGCUGAGAGAAGAAUUAGGUGAUGAUGCAAGUGCUCACAAGCUCGUUGUAGUUGCGGUUCAUGCGGUUUUAUUACAGUCUGGUUUUGUUGGUCUCGAUGUGGCGUCUGGUAAGAAAAUUGACUCUUUGUGUUUACCCAGUGAGUGGCCUUCAACAGCAGUUACAAUGUCUCUUUCAUAUACUCUCCCAGAAAUUUUGAAUAUGAAUGCUAAUAAUGUGAUUGAAUCUAUUGUUUUGAAGUUUCAAAGCUUAGGACAUUUUGUUAAUGUUUAUGGUUGUUUAGUUGGAGGGGAUUCAGGGUUGCAUAGGAUUUGCUUGAAUAAAUCUAAGUUUGCUCCUAUUAUAGAUUUAGUGUGGACAAAGGAUGGUAAGUUGAAUGAGAAAGGUGAGUCUAAGAAUUUGUGCCCUGAAAAGGAAGUGUUUGAAUUUUGGAAGAUGGUGAAAGAUGGACUUGCGUUGCCAUUAUUUAUAGACCUUUGUGAAAAGACAGGGUUAAGUCUUCCAGCAUGUUUGAUGCGUCUCCCAACGGAGCUGAAGAUUAAGAUUUUGGAGUGUUUGCCUGGUGUUGAUAUUGCUAAGAUGGGAUGUGUGUGUUCGGAAUUUCGAUACUUGGCAUCAAAUAGCGAUUUGUGGGAGAAAAAGUUUGCAGAGGAGUUUGGGAAUCAACCAUAUGAACCUGGUAUAAGCAGCUGGAAAGGGAGGUUUGCUAUCCAUUGGGAUGCUAACAAGAAGAGAAAGAGGGUGAUGUUGCCUGAGUAUACUCGUGUGCCAAGGCCUUUUUUUCACACCUCAAUCAUUAGAGAUUCUUAUCCACUUGGGUUUUUCCCAAUGAUGGGAGGUGACCAUGAGCGCUUGCCAGGUUCUGGCACACACUUUCCUAUUGGACAGCCCAUUGGCCCCAGCCACCCGCUACUUCUUCGAUUGAAUAGGAGGCGCAGUUUUUCUCCAAAUUGCAAUCUGGGAGAUAAUGAGCUAUCUUUUGGUUUGCACUGAAUGUGUCCAAAUCAAGUUCUGUGGAGUUAUCUUAAAGAGAUGUUAUAUAUUGGAUAUGUUAGUUGUAACGUUCCUGUUAUAUUUGCUAGUACAGUUAAGAGGCUAAAUGCCAGUUUCUUUUUUAUGCUUGCUUAAUGGAUAAAGUAUUUUGUA